AUCAGCUGUUCGUGCGGGUUCAAAACAAAUGCCGCGAUAAGUUAUCGGUUUGCUAUUUACGAGUCUUCCCACUACACGGCAUAAAUUUCGUUGGUGUUAACAGAACCGACGCCGGGUGUGCCGCUCCGUCCGCUGCGAGAAAUGUUCCGUCGAUCGUUGACCGUUUCCUAUUCGCCGUUCCGAAACAAUUAUGUCACGCUACCGGACAGCUACUACCGGAUGCUUUCGAGCUAUAAAAACGGGUGUCUCUGUCUGACGCAUCGCAUCGACACGUACUACGUGUCGUGGGCCCCGUACGGGGGUGGCGGGUUGGCCGAGAACCAUAUCGGCAUCAACGCGCAGGUGGCCCGCUCGAUGGACCUGAAGGAGGGCGACGCCGUGAUGGUGGCGAUGAUCAUGGAUGUGCGAUCGUUGAAGCGGGUGGAGGUGAGCGCCGCGAGCGAAAAGGACUGGGAAAUGUUGCAAAUAAGCAGCAGCCGCAUUCAAUCAAUUCUGCUCGAUCAAACGAGGAUAGUCACGAAAGGACAGAAUCUGGUCGUGUGGAUCAAUGAUUCAAUAAGCAUUAAAAUCAAAAUAAAAUUCAUAAUUCCCACGCUGCCCUUUGGCCGGUUGGAAAACGAUACCGAGCUGGUGGUGGAACCAUACAAAAAGCUUCCCGGGCUGAACAGCACCGCCAAGCCGGAAAUACCGAAGCUUACGCGCAGCAACACCAACCUAAACAUUGCGGAACUCGUCCGGCAGCGCAACAUGGAGCGCAAAAAGUCGAGUGAGUACAUCAGCGCCUUAGAGAACGGUCUGGCAGGAACCACCCUUUCCAGCACCGCCCCUUCACACGAUCCCGGCAUACUGUCCGCGGCGGAAAGUGUCAAAAAGCGGCCAAUGUCGUGGCAGAAAACGCUCGAAGGCAAUAAGGAGAAUGGAAUCCUUCCGGGCCUGCCUCCCAAAAACUCGCUUCAACGAUCCUCCACCAGUGGAAGUAAUUCAUCGUCCGGUUCGGUGGCCGGCAUGAGUGCGCAAACGGCGGUGCGCAAUUCUUCCUUCGAAAAAGACCUCGAACGCCACCUGAAUCGGCUGCAGACCAGCAAAUCGAUGGCGAACUUUAUGGCGUACGAAACACCUGCUGCUUCCCCGAAGGAGCAGGGAUCGAGCCCCAUCGACAGCCCGAAGCGAGAGCCGAGCAAAACGGUCCACCUCGAUGGGCUGAUCGAAACGCUCGGCCAGAAUGUGGCGAAAGUGUACGAGUUUCGGGUGAUUCGGGGCGUGUGGAACAGUCGGCGCAGCACGACGCAGCUGUGCGACAUCCACACGACGAAGGAGAACGUGCCCGCGACGAUGGACAUUAACAAACCGUUCCUGCUAACGACGAACGACAACCGGGAGUACUACGUGAACGUGCGGCUGGCGGUGGAUGGUGAACGGUUCCCUAAAAAUGCUUACCCGACGGUGGAAAUAAACGAUCGGCUGAUGGAGCAGCUUGAAAUAAAUCACGGCGAGAAGGUAACGCUCAAACCCAUUCGCAACGCGCUCAACAUAGUGGAUCGGAUUGAGCUGCUCCCGGCGACGAAAGUAGCGCCGAUCAUUGAGGAGGACAUUGUGGAGAAGUUUAAACAGUUUGUGCUGCACAACUCGAAGAUCCAUGCGCUGCUGCUGAACCAGGAGCAGCUGUUUAAGCUGCCGGAGUACUAUCUUACGUUAAAGCUGCAGCCACCGGCGUUAAAGUACUGCUUGAUCAACAGUACGAUACUGCGGCACAGCAAGAUUUGCUGUACCGGUGAGGUGAAACCGGUAGCAGGGUACUCGGAUGUGGAUGGGAGCAAAAAGAAGCCGGCUGCGCUUAAGGACGCGGAAUCGGUUGAGGAAUGUAAGCUGGUGAAGAUCGAAAAGAUUGAACGCAUCGUGGAGGAGUGUACCGAUCGGCUCAAGUACGCACUGUGUUUGGAUGCACGGUGUAAGGUACCGCAGCAGUGCAAUAUGUUCAUUGCAGGAUCGUCACAGAGUGGAAGGAAAACGGUGUGCGACAACAUACUGAAACGACUGGCGGAAGUGCCGUUCUACUGUUUCUCGACCACGUUCGAUUGUGCCAAGCACAAGGGCCGCAAACCGGACUCGAUACAGAAGGAUCUGCGGCAUGCUCUCUACCUGUGCAUGUUCCACAGUCCCGCGGUGCUGUUUAUGGACGGAUUGGACGUGCUAGCCCACCAGCCGGGCGAUCAGAACACACCGGAUGCUGAAUAUCACAAUAAAGUGUCGGACAUGAUUCGCAAGCAGAUCGAAGAGUUUACCGGCAACAAUCCGAUCGCGGUCAUCGCGUCGAUCAGCAGCUCUUCCAACCUGAACCGCCGGCUGCACUCGUCCCGCGGCUACCAUCUCUUCCAGCAGCACGUCAAGCUGCCGAACCUGGACAAGGCGGAUCGGGAAGCGGCCCUGAAAAGCCUGUUCGUCCAGCGGCAGUGCAAGCUGGACCGGCGCAUUGAUUGGAAGCGGCUCGCGAAUCAAACGGAAGGGUACGCCAUCGGCAGCCUGGUGCAGCUCGUCGAUCGGGCCGUGUUUUACGCGUACAAGCAGGACGGCAAGUUCCCGUUCGUGACGGAGGCGAUGGUGUCAGAGGCGCUGGACGUCACCAAUCGGUACUGUUUGGUGGGCAUCGAGAACCACAAACAGCAGGCGACCGACGAGCUGGAGGAGGAGGACGACGAGGUGCCGGGCGAUAAAGUGCCGGGCCUGGAGGGUGCGAUCGAGGUGUUCCAGGAGGUGCUGAUGUGGCCGACCCGCUUUCCGAAGAUUUUUGAAGCAUCGCCGCUCCGGAAUCAGGCCGGCAUACUGCUGUUUGGGCCGCCCGGAACGGGAAAAACGUAUCUUGUAUCGAAAUUGGCCAAAACGUGGAAUCUGCGCAUGAUUUCGGUGAAGGGUCCCGAGCUGCUGGCGAAGUACAUCGGUCAGAGCGAGGAAAAUGUGCGCAAUUUGUUCGAUCGGGCGCGCAGUGCUAAACCUUGUGUGCUGUUUUUCGACGAGUUUGACAGCUUGGCGCCGCGCCGUGGCCACGAUUCGACCGGCGUGACGGAUCGGGUCGUGAAUCAGCUGCUAACUGAGCUGGACGGUGUGGAGGGGCUGCAGGGCGUGACUGUGAUAGGGGCGACCUCGCGGCCCGAGCUGCUCGAUCCGGCCCUGUUGCGCUCCGGGCGUAUUGAUCGUUUGGUGGAAUGCACUCUGCCGGGUGUGACUGCCCGGUUGGAGAUUUUUAGCAAUCACAGCAAAUCGCUCACGCUCGACAAGGACGUUGAUUUGCGCGAGUUUGCAGUAAAGUCGGAAUACUACACCGGAGCGGACAUUAGAAGCAUUUUAACAACGGCAAACAUGCUGGCGGUGCAGGAGUGUCUUAGCAAUGAUCCAGAGAAAGUGCCUGAGCAGAUAACGGUGAGCCAGCGCCAUCUAGCCGAAGCGUUUAGUAGCACGAGACCGUCACUCUCGCCGCGGGACAUUGCCAAGUACAGGGAAACCUACGCACGAUUCACUAACAAAGAGCCACCGUCGCGGGAUUUUGUUGCUAAACGUGCUACAUUAGCAUAACGAGUGAAGGAGAGAGAAAAAAGCGGUAAUCCUUAGUUUUACUAUCACGUAAGUACGGUUUUGGUUUGUGGUGGACGAUGGGACGAACGUUCUUAAUUUUUGAGGGAUUGUGCCCCAGUUUUUGCGUUAUGUCUUACAGACACUGAGAGCAUUUUGGUUGUUGUUUUUUUUUAUAAAGAGAUUUUUCCUUUUUAUUAAAACAAAAAAUAAAAUAGUUGGCAUU